AUGUCCGCAGACGAGGGCUGGACCCGCGUCCAUCACAAGUCCCGCCGAAAACCCCCUUCCAGCCCCUCCGUCGGGGCCAACCAUCACGAGCCACCAGACUCGUUUGCGCCGCGCACGACGGGCCUGCUGCGGCCCGCAGACGCCCUGCGCGCCGACUACGACAAGGUGCGCGCCGAGUGGCUCGCGUCGCCCGCGCACGCCGCGCUGCUUCGUCUCGUGGACGAGCAGCAGGCCGGCCCGCGGCGGACCAGGGUGCGGCGGGCCGUGUGUCUGGGCAUCGGCACGUUUGACCCCGAGGACGGCGCGUGGCAGAGCAAGAGGGCGGCGUAUGUGCAGCUCUACGAGGCCUUUCUCGCCAGUCUCGGCCAUCGCAUCGUCACUUCACCAGCCGCAUAUACUCUCAUUGACGACACCACGCUGCUCUUCGCCGUGCACCUCUACCGCCCCGUCUACGCGGCGGCGUUGCAGUCCAGCCUACCGGCCGCCUUUGUCGGCACCGGCUGGGAUGUAUGGGAAACGGCUAUCAUGGACAAGGCCACCGAUCUCGAGAAUAUGAAAAAGAUGCACCAGACGUAUACGCGGUAUUCGUUUCCUCAGGAUGCCGCCAGCACGGCCUUUUCCAGCACCAGCAUCUACUGGAUGCCGCCAGACGGCGUCCAAGCAGCGGCCUCGGAAGCAGUCGGAGACGACGGCUCAGUACAAGAGCUCUCAGUGGUACAAGAGCUCUCAGUGGUACAAGAGCUUUCACUCAAAGACUCGACAGCACUGGAAAAGGAUACGAUAGAGACUUUCACAAGCACAGCGACGGAUAAGACUACAGGUGACGACACGGGCACGGGAGAAAAUGAGGCAGAGAAACUGUCAAUUCAUCGUAUAUAA